AUGACUUCUGUUAUAAUACGUCUUCAAAAUCUUCCAAUAUCGGCGAAUGCGUCGAAUAUUCGCAGGUUCUUCUCUGGACUUAGCAUUCCCGAAGGUGGUGUUCAUAUUGUGGGUGGUGAAAAGGGUGAUGCCUUUAUUGCGUUUGCUACCGAUGAAGAUGCUAGGCGAGCUAUGCUUCUGGAUCAGCAAUCAAUAAACGGCACCAAGAUUAGACUUUUUCUGAGUAGUAAAACAGAAAUGCAAACAGUUAUUGAAAUGGCUCGGAGUUCCGUUAUGAAAGCCAAUCAUCAAAUGGGCCACUUACCAAAGCCUUCUAGUCAGUACAACAAUUCCCAUACUAUUUCUGCUGCACCACAAUCUUAUCCACUGUCUUCAAAUGCUGAUAAAAGUCCUUAUAGCUCUACAAUAUCCAAAGGGUCUUAUUCUCUCUCUUCUUUACCUACGGAUGUGCCUCCUUAUGGCUACGGCUAUGGAAGUUCCUGGAGUAAUGAAAGGAACGAUGGUCAAGACGGUUACAGUAGCUAUGGGAUAGAUAACCGAUCGGAAACCGGUCGUCGAGAUAAUUCUGCUGCAUCCCUUGCCUCAAGCAAAUACGAUGAUCCAUCUACUGAUCGUCAUUACAAUCUGUCACCAUCUUAUCCUCCUGAAGAUGGUUACUAUGGUGAUGGCAAUGGUUAUGAUCAUUCAAAGGCUAAUGAGCCAUCUUCACAACCACCUGGUUAUCCUAAUGAUCGAGGGUUUACCGAUGUUGGGCGUGAUUUUUCGGUGAGACCACCAUGGCUUGCUGAUGGUAACCGUAAUCAAUUUUCUAAAAGAUCGGUUCCUCCUGAUUCAGCUCUCAGAGAACCUGUUCCCUUUAAACGCAAUCGUUCGGAGGAAUUUUGCUAUCCUUCUAAUAGAGAAGUACCUUGUCUAGAUUUUGUAGUGAAGAUUUCUAUGCGUCCAGCGGAUGUUUCUGUAAAAGGUACAUUUGAUAUUCUUCGAGGAGUAAAUAUAAUCCCCAAAUUUGGUAUUCGAGUUGAGGAGGAUGAAAUUGGCCGUUACACGGGUAACGUUUACUGUCUUUUGACCUGUCCCGAAUCCCAUGCUCGAGCCUUAUCCUAUCACAAAAAGGUGGUCAAUGGUUAUCCGAUUGAGGUGUACAACUCAAAUGCCGAGGAUUUCUUUAAGGUUACUGAUAGUAACUUUGCUAGCCGAUGCCCGCACUUCAUUCAGAGUCGUAUUCCCAAUAAGGGUACUUAUAAACCUCUUUACUAUGCAGACGCUUGCAUUGAGAUGUCUGAAAUUCCCUCUAAUGUUACCGAGGAAGAUAUUGUCGCAUUUUUGGGUGUUCCUGGUCUUUCUGCGAGUGAUGUUAAGAUUUCACAGUCUGGGGUUCCUUUGUCGAUUGUUGCUCUAAUUCAUCUUCCGUCUGUUGAAGUUCUCAACAUUCUUCUUGAUGCGCCUUCGCGUCGCUUCAGUGCAAAUCAAUCACGGGAUUUGAGAUUGGUUGCUAUUUCUGCUCUUCAAUUUAAAUAUGCUCCUCCAAGGCAACCUCUUUACGCGUAUAAGCCGGAAUCCGGUAAUAGUGGAUCUAAAAUCUCUACUUCGCAAAAGCCUGAAUCGAAAACCUGCUGUUUCAUUUAUGGUUUCUCACGAAGCAUAACCAUAUUUGAUUUGACGCAAAUAUUUCCAAAUGUUUUUAUCCCUGGUGAUGCCAUUCAUUUGCUUCCAAAUGGUCGUUCGGCCGUUAUUGAUUUUCUUAGCGAGGAGAGUUGUCGUAAUGCUCUUCGAGAUUUUCAGGUAGCUGAGGGGGAUCUUAAGAAGACCCAUCGUCUGCUUUCAAUGCGGGCGAUUACUAAGUUAGAAUACGAUCAGAAAAUUGAGGAGAGUCAAGAGGAGCCAUCUAAGCAGAUUGUCCCCGAUGGUAGAAGUGGUGAUUCUAGUUUUCGUCCGCCUCGCUUCCGUCCCCCUUUCUCUCAGCCUCAUAGACUGCCACCAUUUGGUCCAAGGGGCGUGGGUUCACGUCCACCUUAUCCUCCCCCACCAAGGGCUCGAUUUAACAGACCCCCUGGUGGUCCUUCCCAUGUAACGAAUCUCUUCUUAAAAAAUCUUCCUCCGAACUGUCCCCCAGGAGCGUUACUGGAUAUUUUUCAUCGUUUCCGUCCUCUCCCGGGUUCCUUGCGUUUUAGACGAGAUCCAAGAGGCGCGCCUACUGGCGAGGCUGUUAUUUCUUUUGGCACUUUUGCGGAUGCCGAGCAGGCUGCCAGAGAGACUGAUUCAACUCGACUGUUUAGCAAGACCAUUUCUGUGCAUAUUCAACCACAAUAG